AUGGCGGCUCUAUCAGUUCCUACCGUGGAUCCAGUGAAGAAUGAGAUGUUGAACCGCUACUUGAGUAUAAUGGCUGAAAAGCAAGUCCCUCUUUAGUCCCAAUCACAGUGUAUCUGACUUAUCUACCCUAGGAGGAAGGGGCUUACCAAAGGAGUUCCAUCUGCGGUCCAACAAAAAGUUGUAGGAAAUGAUUCAAUUCAACAAAAUUCCGAAGAAUCUGGUGAGAUCUUCAUUUUGAUAAUCAUUUGUUCGAGAUAGCAGUUGACCACCAACGUAGUGUCGAGCCCAUUUGAUCUUGAAGACGAGAACGAUGCAGCAGAGCCAUUGGAAUCUGAAGAGACUGAAGAGACUGAAGAAUCUGAAGAAAUCCAUGCAAUGGUCCAAGAAAGUGGAGGAAUUUUGACAGAUUUUCCCAAGAUUCAAAACUCCGAUGGAACUCAAACAUAUUCCCAAGAACCUUGUAUGCUUUUAUCCUCAUGAUCUUUGAUACACGAAUAGCCACUGACUUUUUGAGCAGGUUGUAGCCUUAUCGAUCUAGAAGAAGACUCCGAUGCAGCAGGAUUUUCUGAAUCUCAAUUGACUCAAGAAAGUGAAGAAAGUCAAGCAGAUUCUGAAGAACAUUGUAGGCUUUCCAUUCGAGCGACCAUUUAUUAUUACCUAGAUUACCACUGACUUUCUUGAGUAGACUUUGGUCAAGCGGAUCUUGAUGAAGAUUAUGUAGAGGCUGCGGUUUUACCAACAACAUUCUCGCGCUUUUCAAGGCUUCCACAAAAAUUACGCCGUCAAAUUUGGCACUUCGCUCGUCCUGAUGCACGUUAUAUUAAGAUUCGGGAAUCUAGAUGGACCACAGGACUUUUCUCAGAUGCGCCAAUCCCAGCCAUGCUUCACACUUAUCAAGAGUCAAGGAAGGUGGCCUUGACAUGGUAUGACUUGUCGUUCGCUAGAGAUCCCGAGAUGGGUUUCUGGGACCAGCAAACCUUGAACUCGAUAAUGGAGAAUGCACUUACUAAUGAAGAACCACGCGAAGCGAGAAUCUACUAUGAUUGGGAGCGUGAUGGCCUGUUUUCACAAUGUGCCCGUUGUACUGGUCAUAGAAUGAGUUGCCGACAUGCUCCCCUGUCCUUCGACUUUCGCAGGAUCAAACGGUUGGCAUUCGAAGGCCCUCUUUCUAUCAACCCGUUUUACAAGAUUGCGUUGUGUUUUCCUGCCGUUGAAAGUAUAAUGCUUAUCCGCGGUCGAAGCUCUAUUCGUCGUAAAGCUGUCCUACCCUUCGAAUUCAUACCUGUAGAUCAAAGAUUUGAAUGGGAGGGAGAAGAUUUACUGGCAACAUGUCUUUAUACAAUACAGAAUACGGCUCCUGAAUGUGGUGCAAUUGAAACAAUCCAGUCAGUCCAGAGAAUGACUUUGCUUAAUGUCAAUCAGACAGAACUGGUUAAUCAAGAGGAAAGAAGUUAUUGGCCUUGCCGUUGA